ACGAUGAUGAGGGAGAUAGUUGAGGAAAACAAUCAACGUGCUGAAGCUCUUGGUGUCCAACCACCCCAUGUCCACCUCCUGUUUGCUGAACGUGCAGGCGAUGAUCCCAGGCGAUUCAACUCACCAACUUAUAAUGAAGUUGCUGCUGUAAUUACAUUAAAUGCAGACCAAAGUAUCCCGGAAAAUGAGAUGGUUAUUAAGGAGCGAGGAAAACAGUUAAUAACGCUCAAGAACAUUGACAGCCGAGUAGAACCAUUCACCUACCCUCUCCUCUACCCAAAAGGAACUUUUGGGUUUACUGUAGGGCUUCCUCUUAAAACGCCUUAUGCAAGCCGUGCACACAUGACGAGGAUGGAGUUGGCUCAAUACAGGUUAGCCUUUCGUCCAGAACAAGCCAAGGCUCUUCCUCCUGAACCAUUGCUAGAGGGAUUAGAUCUAAGGUCGAUUGGAUUUAAUGCUCUCCACUUUGGUGGUAGACUGUUUCAACAGUACGUCGUGGACACAUACAUCCGUGUUGAACGUGAUCGUAUUCAGUGGAUCAAAUACAACCAAAAGAAACUUCAAGCUGAUCAGUAUGCAGGAGUAACACAUUUUCUAAAUGAAUUGGCUGAAAAGAAAAAUGCUACAGUUGCUGAAAAACUGAUUUUACCAUCAUCUUUUCCCGGAUCAACGAGAUAUUUCACUGAACACUUUGAAGACGCUAUGGCAAUUGUCCGAAGGUUUGGCUCUCCAGACUUUUUUAUCACAAUAACGUGCAGUCCAACAUGGCCAGAAUUAAAAGAAGCUGCAUGUAUUGAGCUCUCUGAUGGUUCUAAACUACAACAGUUCGCCCAAGAAAGACCUGACAUUGUGGCUAGGGUAGCCAAAUUGAAAUUUGACAGCAUAGUUGAAGAUAUCAGUAAGAAACAGAUUUUUGGGAAGUCUUCUGCUUUUGUUUACACUAUAGAAUUUCAAAAACGAGGAUUACCCCACCUACAUCUUCUUGUCAUCAUGGCAAAUGAAGACAAACUCCGGUCUCCAGAGGAAGUAGACACUUUCAUUUCGGCAGAAAUUCCUAAUGAUGACCCAGUUCUAAGGGAGUUGGUCCUCAAAUGGAUGAUUCACAAUCCAUGUGGCGAACUUAAUCCGUCUGCGUCAUGUAUGGAGAAUAAGGGUGGAUCAGCUAAAUGCCGCUUUGGAUUCCCCAAAGCUCAUCAAGAGUUUACGUCAAUUGUUGACAACAAAAAACCGAAUUACAAGAGACGGUAUGACCCACAACUGGAUCCAAAUAACCCAGAAUUUUCUCACGUCCAUGCGGUGUACCGCAAAAACAGUGAUGGACAAAAAGUUACACGGGACAAUAGACAUGUUGCUCCAUACAAUGGCUAUUUACUGAAGAAAUACAUGUGCCACAUAAAUAUCGAGUAUGUUGGUAGUGUUAGAGCCGUUAAGUACCUCUAUAAAUACAUUUAUAAAGGGCAUGACUGCGCAAAUGUAAAAAUUGUUGAAAAUGUGGCCCGAAUAAUGUAUAAUGAAGCAGAAACAUUUGUUGAGGCACGUUAUAUUUCGCCCCCUGAAGCAUGUUGGAGGCUGGCUGGAAAUGAAAUCCAAAGGAAAAGCCAUUCGGUGCAACGUUUGGACAUCCAUCUAGAAGGUCAGUACCGUGUGGGAAACAUUGAACAGACACAAGAAGAUGUAGCGGACACUGGCCUGAAAGGGUCCACCUUAGAGGCGUACUUUAAACACAACUCUAAACUUCACAUAGAAGAAGAGAAUGGGAAUGAAGUAAUCUACUACUUCUACUGGCAGAUGCCAGAAAAGUACAAAUGGUUAGGCAAAACAAGUGAAUGGGUGGUACGACAGCGAAGCUCAAAAACGAUUGGAAGGAUCCACACUGUGAACUUGGUGGCCCAACCUGAACUUUAUCACUUAAGAAUGCUCCUCUUCCAUACCAAAGAUGCCAAAAGUUUUGAAGACCUUAAAUUUGUAAAUGGGACUGCCUAUUCCACUUAUAAACAAGCAUGCCUAGCAAAAGGCCUUACAUAUGAUGACCAGCAAUGGAUUGAUGGGCUGCGGGAAUCCGCUUUGUCAAAGAUGCCGAGUGUCAUGAGGACACUCUUUUGUCAAAUCUUGAUUCUCGGAUCACCAGAAAACCCUAAACGUCUCUGGGAUAUGUUUAAGGACGAGUUGGCAGAAGAUUUUCUUAGAGAAGCAGAGAUUUCUGGAACCCCUCUAGAAGAUUCUUACAACAGAGCAUAUAGAAUCAUAGCUUACAAGCUAAAUACUGAAGCUACAGAAGGCCGAAACUUCCAAUUUUGGGUGGAAAACUAUGGUAUGGAUGACAUUCAGAAUUUUCAAGACGAGGGAAAUGAAGAAACCCACAAUGUCAGCGAAUUAGAAGCCAUUGGUCGCAGACAAUAUAGCAAUUUGAAUAACGAACAAAAAGACUUUGUUGAUGCUGUUAUGGAAGCAAUAGAAGACCCGAUGAGUUGCAUCCCCAAGUGUUUUUUCCUCGAUGGACCAGGAGGUACAGGGAAGACAUACGUGUACAAUACCCUCUACCAUCUAAUUCUUGGAAAAAAUCUUAAUGUAAAAUGCAUGGCGUAUACCGGCAUUGCAUCAAUCUUGCUACCUGAAGGACGUACUACCCAUAGGACUUUUGGUCUAAAAGUUCCAUUGACUAGCGAUUCUAAAUCAUCAAUUCAGCCAGGCACUCAGAAGGCCCAAGAACUGGCAGAAGUAGACGUAUUUAUGAUGGACGAAGCACCAAUGCUACCAAAAUAUGGCCUAAGUUGUAUUGACGGACUCCUGCGAAGCUUAGGAAACAGAAACUUGCCUUUUGGAGGAAAAACUAUGAUCCUAGGAGGAGACUUCCGCCAAUGCCUUCCAGUCCAGCCUAGAGCAAAUCGAUCUGAGCUGAUCGACCUUUCUGUAAAACGUUGCAGUAUUUGGAAGUUUUUCAAGCUCUUCUCUCUUCAUCAAAACAUGAGAGUCAAUCUCGAUGAAAGUGCAUUUGCUGGAUAUCUCCUUCAACUUGGAAAUGGAGAUUUGCCCACCAACAAUGACUGUGAAAUAAAUAUUCCCGAUGACAUUAUUUCAAAUGGAAAUAUUGUUGAACAAAUAUAUGGCGAUUGCCUAGCCAACAGAGAUUACAAUGCUAUGAGAGAUAGAGCCAUCCUUGCACCUUUAAAUAGAGAUGUUGAUAAUAUCAAUAACGAGAUCAUCCAAAUUAUCCCUGGACAAGAAACAAUUUAUAAAAGUUUUGAUUCAGUAAAAGAUGAACCUGAUGGAGCUCUCAAAUUCCCAACUGAGUUUUUAAACUCAAUUGAAAUAUCAGAUUUACCACCUCAUGAACUCCGACUAAAAAACAACGUCGUUAUAAUGUUACUCAGAAACCUAGACGUGACGGAGGGUUUAUGCAAUGGCACAAGACUGAUUGUCACGGAGUUGUGUCCGAACAUUAUUAAGGCUAAAAUAAUUACUGGCAGUCAUUCUGGUCGAGAUGUCCACAUUCCAAGAGUCACUCUGGAUUCGAGCAAGUGUCAACUCGGAUGUUCGCUGCAAAGACAUCAGUUUCCAGUUCGACCAGCUUUUGCUAUGACCAUCCAUAAGUCUCAAGGCCAAACCUUUCAGUCUGUUGGUGUUGUGUUAAACAACCCCGUAUUCAUGCAUGGGAUGCUCUAUGUAGCUUUCUCCAGAGUACGAACAAGAAACUCUUUAAAAGUUGUUUUGCCAUCUAGAGACAGAAAAUUAACUAAAAACGUUGUUUGGAUGGAAAUAUUCAGAUGAACAAUAUUGAAAAUGUUAGUUCAUUUUGGUCUAUGUAAUUAAUAUUUAAAUUUGUACCAUAAUAACUAGCUUACCUUACUUGAAAUUAUUUAGUUUGGAUUAAAUAGUUUGUUGACUUAAUUGUCGAUAAUCUGAAGAAUAUAGUCAAAUUAGAAUCUAGAGCAGAGGUAAAAUAUGUAAUUGUAUUAUAUCCUAUUUUACCACAGUUGAAUGCUUAUCACCAUUACAUUUUUAUAGUUUAAAAUUGGU